UCCACGCCUCCCACUUUCACCCCCAUUGUGGUGAAUCUCCGGCUCACACACUUUGCCAGACUUCCAGGAGUUGGGACGACUGACCGAAGACGGAACACUAACAACAUUAAAGAAAUUAAAAACGUGUCUCCUUCCACGCAUGGAUCUAUUUUCUUCUCGUGAGGGUUUUCCGGGAGCUGCGAUGGUUUGCUCUGCUGUGAAUGUUGGAGACUUGUACCGGAGAGACACGGCACACGUCCUCUACGCUGCAAAGUUGUAAAAGUUGUUUCCCUUGAAGUUUUUUCUUUCCGCCACCAGUUCAGACUCGGUGUUUCUCCAGCCUUGUAGACCCACAGCCAUCAUGGCGAGGCGGACCGGGGACAAACCUCUGUGUUUGACGCCGACUACGCGCGCUGCUUUCCGGGAUAAACACCUCCGCGGUCACUGGAGCUUGUUGGCUUUUUCUUGGAGCUUCGUUUUAAUCUGCUCGGCUCUUUCUUGUGGAUACUGUGAAGCCGAGACGGAGUUUUCCAUCCUGGAAGAAGCGCAAGUUUUGGCCGACCAGAUGAAAAAGCUGUCCUCUCAGGAGCUGGGAGUCUUUACUAUGCAGAGGAUUUUCAACUCGUUUGUGUAUACUGAGAAGACAUCAAACGGGGAAACAGAAGUGCAGCAGUUGGCCAAAAAGAUCCGUGAAAAGUUUAACCGCUACCUGGAUGUGGUGAAUAGGAACAAACAGGUGGUGGAGGCCUCGUACACUGCUCACCUCACCUCUCCGCUCACUGCGAUACAAGACUGCUGCUCCAUACCUGCAUCUAUGAUGGAGUUUGAUGGAAACUUCAAUACCAACGUCUCCAAGACCAUCUGCUGUGACAGACUUUCCCCCAACGUCAACAGCCGAGCUUUCAACCCUGGACGGGACCUCAACUCAGUGUUGGCAGACAACCUGAAGUCCAACCCGGGGAUAAAGUGGCAGUACUUCAGUUCAGAGGAGGGCAUCUUCACAGUCUUCCCCGCCCACAAGUUCCAGUGCAAGGGAAGUUACGAGCACCGCAGCAGGCCUGUGUAUGUGUCUGCGGUGCGUCCCCAGUCCAAACACAUCGUGGUGAUGGUGGACCAUGGAGCGUCUGUGACUGACACCCAGCUUCAGAUCGCCAAAGACUCAGCACUGGUCAUCCUCAACGCUGUAGAUGAACAUGACAAGAUCUCCAUUCUGUCAGUGGCAGAGACCGUUCGUUCCUGUUCUCUGGACCAGUGCUACAAGAGUCUGCUCUCUCCGGCCACCAGUGAGACCAAGAGGAAGAUGAGCACCUUCAUCUCCAACAUCAAGGCGUCUGAUGGAGCCACACAGCACGCAGCAGGUUUCCAGAAGGCCUUCCAGCUGCUCCGAAACACCAGCAGUCUCUGCAAACAGAUUGCCACCACAGACAUGGUGAUCAUCUACCUGUCAUCCGGUAUCACGUCUCGAGACUCGUCGGAGCAAGAGAAGAGAGCGACGCUCAGUGUGGUCAGAGAGGAGAACCGACAUCUGAACAACUCGGUCAUGAUCCUCACCUACGCUCUCAUGAAUGAGGGAGUGACAGGCCUGAAGGAGCUGGCCUUCUUGAGGGAUCUUGCAGAGCAGAAUUCGGUGAAAUAUGGCGUCGAUCGAAUGUCCGACCGGGACCGCUCCUCUGUGGCGUCCUCGUCUGGAUCAGCAGGAGCUGCCAUGAUGCCGGUGGUGAAGGGAAGCAUGAUGGUGCUAAACCAGCUGAGCAACCUAGAGACGACAGUGGGCCGCUUCUACAUCAACCUGCCCAAUCGCAUGAUCGACCUGGCCCGCUUCAGCCUGCCCUACUCUGACCCCAUGGGAGAUGGGUUUAUUAUGACCGUGAGCCGGCCGUGUUAUUUCGGCAACCUGCUCCUUGGCGUGGUCGGCGUGGAUGUGAACCUGGCCUACAUCUUGGAGGAUGUCACCUACUACCAAGACUCUCUGGCGUCAUACACGUUCCUCAUUGACAACAAAGGUUACACCCUGAUGCAUCCGUCACUGACACGGCCCUACCUGAUGACCGAGCCUCCCCUGCACACCGACAUCAUCCACUACGAGAAUAUCCCAGGCUUCCCUGUUGUCCGACAGAACAUCCUCAGCCUCCCACUGGGCAGUCAGGUCAUUGCUGUGCCAGUCAACUCCUCUCUGUCCUGGCACACCAACAGACUCCGGGACAACAGCAAAGAUGCAUACAAUGUCAGCUACGCCUGGAAACUGGUUCAGGACACGUCAUUCAUCCUGUGCAUCGUGUACGUGCAGCCGGAGAUCCCGGUGAAGCAUUUGAAGAACCUGAACACCGCUCCGAGCUCCAAACUACUGUACCAUCGUUUAGACCUGCUGGGUCAGCCCAGCUCCUGCCUGCACUUCAAACAGCUUGCCACAGUCGAGUCUCCCACUGUGAUGUUGGCAGCUGGUAGUUUCUCCUCUCCCUACGAGCACCUCAGCCAGCCAGAGACAAAGCGCAUGGUGGAGCACUACACUGCCUACCUGAGUGAUAACACCAGGCUCAUAGCCAACCCUGGCCUCAAGUCCUCUGUCAGGAACGAGGUUAUGGCGACCAGUCACGUCACGGAUGAGUGGAUGACACUAAUGGAAAUGAGUAGCCUCAACUGCUACAUUGUGCGCCGUUACAUAGCAACGCCCAGUGGGGUGCUCCGGAUUUACCCAGGAUCACUGAUGGACAAAGCCUUCGACCCGACCCGCAGACAAUGGUACCAGCAUGCUGUGGCUAACCCUGGCCUCAUCACCUUCACGGGGCCGUACCUGGAUGUGGGUGGUGCGGGCUACGUCGUCACCAUCAGCCACACCAUCCAUGCCUCCAGCUCUCAGAUGGCCCCUGGUUACGCAAUUGCAGUGAUGGGUAUAGACUUCACCCUGCGCUACUUCUAUAAGGUCCUGCUAGACCUGCUGCCCAUUUGCAACCAGGACAAAGGCAACAAGAUCAGGUGCUUCAUAAUGGAGGACAGAGGGUACCUGGUUGCUCACCCCACCCUCAUUGACCCCAAAGGUCACGCCCCUGCAGAGCAACAGCACAUCACACACAAGGAGCCGCUGGUGGCCAACGACAUCCUGAACCACCCCAACUUUGUCAAGAAGAACCUGUGUAACAGCUUCAGCGAUCGCACGGUGCAGCGCUUCUACAAGUUCAACACCAGCAUUAUGGGGGACCUGACCAACCUUGUCCAUGGUAGCCAUUGUUCCAAGUACCGUCUGACCCGAAUCCCCGGCACCAACGCCUUUGCUGGUAUCGUCAACGAGACAUGUGACUCUCUGGCAUUCUGCGCCUGCAGCACCGUGGACCGGCUCUGUCUCAACUGCCACAGAAUGGAGCAGAAUGAAUGUGAGUGUCCAUGUGAGUGCCCCCUGGAGGUCAAUGAGUGUACCGGCAACCUCACCAAUGCUGAAAAUAGGAACCCUAGCUGUGAGGUGCAUCAGGAGCCUGUCAGUCUGAAUGUGAUUGAUCCCAGUCUGCAUGACACCCUGCCCCAGUGUAUCAACACCCGCUGCAGCCAGAGAUACACCAGCAGUGACUGUUUCGGCGUGCUGGACUGUGAGUGGUGCAUGGUGGACAGUGAUGGUAAGACCCAUCUCGACAAGCCGUACUGUGCCCUGCAGAAAGAGUGUUUUGGGGGCAUCGUCGGGGCCAAGAGUCCCUAUGCAGAUGGCCUGGGACUACUAGAUGAGGAGGUGGCAUCUCUGAAUAUGAUCAAGAGCGCCCCUGUGGGUCCAGUCGCCGGGGGCAUUAUGGGGUGCAUCAUGGUGUUGGUGCUGGCUGUGUAUGCGUACAGGCACCAGAUCCACAGGCGCUCACACCAGCACAUGUCACCGCUGGCAGCGCAGGAAAUGUCAGUGAGAAUGUCCAACCUGGAUAAUGAAAGAGAUGAGAGGGAUGAGGACAGCCAUGAGGACAGAGGAAUCAUCAGUAACACUCGAUUCAUCGCCGCGGUGAUUGAGCGGCACACUCACACUCCUGAGCGGAGACGGAGGUACUGGGGCCGCUCUGGGACAGAGAGUGACCACGGCUACAGCACCAUGAGUCCGCAGGAGGACAGCGAGAACCCACCCGGGAACAACGACCCACUCUCAGCCGGUGUCGACGUCGGUAACCAUGACGACGACCUUGACUUGGAUACGCCUCCUCAGACGGCAGCGCUGCUCAGCCACAAGUUCCACCCUUACCGGCACACGCAUACACACCACCACCCACUGCACACGCAUACGCACCACCUGCAGGCGGCGGUCACCGUGCACAGUGUGGACGCAGAGUGCUGAUCUUCAGCGUGGCAUCUACCCUCUUUUUUUAUUUUUAAUUAAGACUAUUUUAAAAACAUUUGUGCUCGAUUAGACAGCACACAGUAGGUACUGUCCGGAUGGACUGAUGGAGAGAGAAGCUGGACUCACAGUGUCACUGGGCCGCUGGGAUCUCUGCCAUGAGUGGAUGUUUAGCUUAAUAUGGGUAUUAGCCUCAUUGUGCCAACAUCUCCAUCUCAACCCUUUUUUUCCAGCCCAGUUCAAAAUCUGGCAAGCGUUCACAGUUUCACACACUGAAAGUGAUCAGACCUGGGCCAGUUAAAAUAACCAAAUGGGAUUUUUUUGUUUGUUUGUUUUCUGAAGGAAUUUGGCAUUCAAGACUCUUUAAGAGCACAAAGAUGCUGUUUGAGCCCAGUCAUUGAGGAGAGGACACAACUGGAACCUUGAGGGAGGACAGAGGUCUUCAUUUCCAUGUGGAGCGCCAGAACAAACACUUUAUAGGACCAGAGGAUAAUCAAAUUAACAUAGAAAUCUAGAUGCUGAUUGGACCUCUUUUGCCCCAGGGCUCCACCCGAGCCUCCCCAUGAAGCCCACUUGUGGUGAGGGCAGGAAGAGGAACAGGGGAGUCCGUGCAUUUGUGAGAAUGAUUAAAAAAAAUACUGUAUUUUCACACAGACUGGGAUCUAAUGUGGGAUUCUUUCAUGGAUUCUAUUGCAGCUUUACUCCCCUUAUGUCCGCACAUAGACACUCUACAGUUUGUUUUCUCUCAAAGUGGCUUGGGAUGAUAUUUGGACAUUUUUCAUGAGUGUCUGUGAACUUCAAAGUGUGGGGGAAAAAAACUUCAACGAUUCACAUAAAUACAGGAAGAAACACUUUAAAGAGGAAAAUAUUAUUUUUCUACUAUUUAUUAAAGAGGUAGAUUUUCAGGACACAUGAGUGAGCAGCCGCCGCUAACACAAAAGAGACGGUAGUCACGAUCAGUGAUUCGUACCGACCCACUUCCUGUAACAAAGCAUCACAUUUACGACUCAUUAUUUUCUGUGACUGAUUAUGUUUAUUUUGCAUUUUAAGAAUAUCAGUAAUACGACCGACCGUGUGAUUUGUUUUUUUUUAUCAUACUGAGGAUCUCUGGUGCAUAAUCAGCAGCUCAUUUGGAUUUUAUUUCCAUUUUUCUCUUCAAUUUCUUUUACAACAAGUAUAUCAUGAGCUAUCCUCUCCACCAGAGGAUCCUAUUUACUAUAUAGUAUGGUGAACAGUGUCUUCUUCAAGCAGGAAACCUUUCUGAAUGAGCAGGGACAUAAAAAAAAAGAGCCUUAAAUCAUAUCCUGUCUCAGAGUAUUUAGGAGGAAAUGAUCUUCGCACAUUUUUCUCUCUGUAGUCACAGUUCUGAAUCACCGAGGUCUUUGCCUUAUUGUAAGGUAAGACAUUCUGGACAUGUCCUCUGUGUCAGGAAGCAGAACGUCUAUGCUCGCCGGCCUUUGUAGCCUCCUGGCGAUGGAGGAGGGAAGACAGAAACUAACAGCAGCACCAACAUUCCUGGCUUUAGUCACUGUUGGAGAUUUGGUGUGUCAAGAUAUUUGGGGAUCGGGAGACGGAGUGCAGUCCCCUCUAUCUGCCUGAGUAGGAUAACCAGUACAGAAAGCUUCCCACCCUCCCACCCUCCCAUUUUACCACAACUUUUUGCCUCAGAGGCCAAGCUGAUACUGUAUGUAUGUGAAGGUUGUGUGCUGGAUUUAGUGCAAAGCGAGUUGAAUUUCCAGUGAUGCCCAAGAUGGAGUCUCCUUCUCAUCAAAGAGAGCGAAAGAGGGAGAGAUGCUGCUGUUGUUGUACAGAGGUUGCACCCAUCUGUCGGCUCCUCUGUGGUUAACCACUCAAAAUGUUUUAUCUACACGUCUCUGGUUUAACUGUUGUGUGUGUGUGUGUGUGUGUGUGUGUGUGUGUGUGUGUGUGUGUGUGUGUGUGUGUGUGUGUGUGAGUGUG